GCUCAGUAUUGUGUGGGCAGUCGUCCAAGCCAAUUCGUAGCGCAACGGGGUGUCGUUUAUUUUAAUUCGAAUCAUUCGCGAUUUGCUCGCACAUUUCAAAUGUGAACAACCUUCCGAACGGUGACAAAGUGUUUCACUAUAUCAUACAAUAUUCUGUUCUGGUUCACUACGUUUUACACCUUUGCAACGUUAGAUAAAACUAAGCAUAUCAGUGCGGAAAAUGUUUGUGUUUAGUUUUACAGUGGUGGCCCUUCUUGGAAUCAUAGUGAUAGUGGAAAGUGCAACCGUAAUCAACUCUGGGGAACGGUCGCCAAUAUUUCAGCUGAACGAUGAACCCGUGAUUGGCGUGCUGGCUCAGGAGAUGUCCUACUCACUGGCCGCCAAGUACGAAGAAGAUUACGAAAGCUAUAUUGCUGCAUCAUACGUGAAGUUUGUCGAAGGAGCCGGGGCACGCGUUGUGCCGAUCUGGAUCAACAAACCGCGUACCUACUACGAAACCAUCCUAUCAAAUUUGAACGGCGUCCUACUGCCGGGAGGUGCCACUUGGUUUAACGUAUCGAACGGAUACGCCGAUGCUGGGCAUCACAUCUACGAUAUAGCGAACCGAUUGAAUGACCAGGGCAGCUAUUUUCCAAUCUGGGGUACCUGUCUAGGUUUCGAGCUUCUAACAUAUUUAGCUGCCAAUGGACAGGAACAUCGAGCGGCCUGUAGUUCCAACAAUCAAGGGUUACCGCUGGAUUUUAAGGAAGAUUUUAGAAAGAGUCGUCUGUUCGGGCAAACCCCCGAUGAUAUUAUCGAGAUAUUGGCUAACGAGCCGGUAACGUCCAAUUUCCACCAGUAUUGUAUCACCGAGAAGAACUUUACGGCGUACCAGUUGGAUCGUGAAUGGACAGUGAUGUCCACCAAUAGGGACUGGAAUGGAUUGGAAUUUAUUUCCUCAAUAGAACAUAAAACGUUACCAUUCUACGGCACACAGUUUCAUCCGGAGAAGAACAUUUACGAAUGGGUUCGCAACAAGAACAUUUCGCACACUUCAAACGCUAUCAAAGCUACCCAGUAUUUUGCGGAUUUUUUUGUCAACGAAACUCGCAAAAACGAUCAUCAGUUCAGCAGUCAGGAUGACAUCGAUCGACACGUGAUCUACAACUUUCCGGUUUUCUUUACCGGGUUGAAAAAGUCUGCGUUUGAGCAGUGCUACUUGUUUGAAGGUAACGUAGAUUAUUUGGACAAAGUUCCUCCGGUAUAUCCAAACCACCCGGAUGACGACGGGUCAGAAUCGGCUGGGCAUGGGAAAAAUUUCGCUACGUCAGAAACUAAUGUGAUAAUAUAGUACGUGAUACUUCCACUAGUUAAAACCUAAAAUGCGCAAAGGGUUGGAGUUACGAGCAAUGAAAGUACGGAUCCAAACGGAGAAGAUUGCAAGGAUAAACAGUUUCGAUGUUUGAACGACAAACACUGAUAAUAUAUAUUAUGCACAAAUCCUUCGAUACAUAAACUACACCAAUAAACUGAUUUGCAACCUCGCAUAUUUCACUGUCUAUACCACCCAUGGAAACCAUUUGCCUUCAUAUAUUAUCAUCAUUCGUCUUCAUAUAUUAUCAUCACAACUCUAAGCGUACCUACAAAAUUUUUUGAAGGCAAUGCACUAGAACUUUUUGGUUAAAAGGUAUUGUAAUGGAUAUUGUGAAAGCAGUUAUUAUCUGCACCAUGAUUAGUCCGUACAAUUCGAUUACAAGCGAGCCAAACUGGCACCACCUCUGACGAUGGAAGCAAACUGUUUUUGUUUUAAGGGCUGGUCCCUUUGGCUUCAAACGUAGACUGAACCAAAUACAAAACCGGGGGUCGUAUGCGAGUACGGCAUCAAUCGUGUGUUACAGUCGUGCUAGCUACACCAGUACGUCUUGUCGGCUGCAUCCAACGUUUGCUGAGAAAGAGUCACUAUGCCGAGCACCAAAGUAUUUGGAGCUACCCGUAAACGCUGGCCGUGAUAACAAGUAGACCAGGAUCAUCCCCCAUCAUCUGCAGCUGAACAAAUUUCUCUUCGGCAUGACUUAUUUCCCAAAAUGUUUCCUAGUAUCCAAGCCAUUCUGCCGCCAAAGAAGACCGAAAAGAAACUGAAGAAAUCGACUACCCCCGGAGCGAAGAAAAACGCUGGUGGUGACGGUGAGAAGGCCAUAAAGCCAAAGGCUGCCGCUAAGAAACCGGUAGCGAAGAAUGGGAAAAUUAUAAUAAAAAAAUCAAACCGCAAUCCUGGCUGAUAAUUAUCGCUUAUGAUUUUUUCGAAAAUUCUCACUGCCGAUAAAAUCAUGCCGUGAUCAGUCUCUUAACUAUCAAAGGAUCAUCUCAUAAAAAUCACUACCGAUUUUUUCUUGCCCUCUAGGGACCAUUCAUAAAUUACGUAACGCAAAAAUUGCCCAAAAUUGACUCCCCCUCCCCCUAUGUAACAAAUUGUCACAAAUUUUUCCAUCCCCCCUCCCCUGUUACGUAACAAAUUCCAAGGAAUUUUUUUUUAUUCGAUGAAAACAUGUUACGUAACGAUCUAGUUAACACCCCCUCCCCCCUAUGUCACAACUUGUCGUACCCCCUCCCCCCCUAAAAGCGUUACGUAAUUUAUGAAUGGUCCCCUAUCAGUAGUGAUUUUGAUCCUAGGGGCAAAUCACUUGUGAUGCAUUUUUAAAAAUCAGCUAAAUUAAAAUGCAUUUCUUUCCAUCAAAAUAAAAAUUCUUAAUGUAUUUUGCGUUGCGUGUAAGACGUCAAAACCCUACAAAAAACUAGUCCUACAUUCAACAAAACGUCGAACAAAGUGAAUCAGCAUAGGACGUUUGUCAAACAAACUUUUCUACGAGGGAGCGCAAAGUUGAUGCAAAAAUGGAAAUUACAUGCAUUUUUUUCUAAUUUGAUGCAAAUUUGUUAUACAUUUCUAGAGUGAUCUACCCCUAGUUUUGAUCUGUGGUUGAAUUUGAUAAUUGAGAGGGUGAUCACGGCAUGAUUCUAACUAUAGCGAACAAUUCGAAAAAAAAUCACAAGUUUGAAUUAUCAGCCAUGAUUGCGGUUUGAUUUAAUUCUUGGAUCAAUGAUCAUUAUCUAUUUUCGUACAUUAUGGAUAUGUUAGGGGUGUCAACGAGCCAAACUAUUUUUUUUUUUGAACAUUUUGGGAAAGUGUUUUAUAUUGUAGGGCAAGUUGAAUGCUGUUGAAAAUCAAAAGUUUUGGGCAUUUUUAAUGCACAGAGGGAUCCUCCAAUGGUCAAAAUGGAAUUUUUUGAACUUGGGAAAGUGUUUUAUAUUGAAGGACAAGUUGACGGCUGUUGAGAAUCAAUAGAUUUGGAUAUUUUCAAUGCAGGGGGUUCGCCGAUGCGUCAAAACGGAUUUUAACUUCUUGGGAAAGUGUUUUAUAUUGAAGGCCAAAUUAUUGGGAGUUGAAAGUCAAUAGUUUUGGACAUUUUCAAUGUACAGGGGGGGACCGCCGAUGUGUAAAAUGGCAUUUUUUCAACUUUUUGGGAAAGCGUUUUAUAUUAAAAGACAAGUUGAUGGCAGCUGAAAAACAACAUGAACAUUUUCAAUGCACAGGAGACUCCGUCGAUGUAUCAAAAUGAGAAUGUUUUCAACUUUUUGGGAAAGUGUUUUAUAGUGAAGGGCAAAUUGUUGGCAGCUGAUCAAUCAACUGUUGACAUUUUAAAUGAUUACAAAUAUUUAACAGUAGGGGCUUUUGAUACAUGUUUAAGUAAAGGAGACCGACCUCGAUCCAAGGGGAGAGUCGCUUAGAACAAUGUGCCAUACACACUGUAUCACUUACGGUAACACGAUAUGAGAUUACGAUUCACAGUAAUACACGAUCAUUUCACUCUUUACCACAAUGUGUGGCACACUGAGGCACACUUCUGAUAACUCAAAAAUUGUCAACAAAGUGUAGUUAAAUAAUCAUAGCAACCAUUGCUUUAGUUUUACUGAACACCAUGGCACAUCGUGGCACAUUGCGGCACAAGCCACUACGCUGUUUGUAUGUGAGCAUAAUUCGAUUUGUGCUAAGUGACUAUGUCCUUGCCUCGAACACAUUUUCAAUGUAGAUUUGUUUUUAAACAAUAUGAUUUUUUCCCUAUGUGAAGGGCGAGGUUCUAUAAUUGGCAAAAUAGUAAAUCCUUUCUGGAGCAUAUUUUUCUUGUCUUAGAGAUGCAAAAUAAGCAAAAACCAAAAAAUGUUUUUUUUUUAUUUGGCACUGGAAGACCCACUUAAGGGAAUUUUUACGAAAUAAUCAAAAAGGAUUACAAGGCUAUGUCAGGGAAUGAUAGAACAUUUUAAUAGCUUCAAUUUAUUUAAAAGAAAGAAAAAAUAUGUCUCGAUUUUGUGAAAAUCCCCAUUUUAUCAGACUAAAAUAAACCAAGGGGGUGAAAAAUGGGUUUUCACUGUAUUAUUUAUAUUGGUAACGUGUUAAAGGUAUAUAUCAGUUUUAUAUAAAUAUUUGCGCAAGAUUUGUAAGACAAACUUUGUAAUAAGAUGUGUCUUUUGCAAUACAGCUGAAAAUCAAUUACCCUGGCUUUGAUUUUCCGGGGUAAAUGAUUCGAUUAUUCGUAUACUAGAAAAAAGAAAGUAAAUAAGCUGGGGGUCAUCAGUUUCUUGGCUCCAGUUUAAUUUACGUGGUGGUGUCACAUAUCAAAGCUAAAGUUUCUUUUAACUUUCAUUCAAGUUAGAAGAGUGAGCGCUGUGCUUCCACAAAGAGAUCUUUGUUCUUGUCCUUAUAGCAUCAUUGCGUUGACCAAUGUCUUACCGGAUUGUCAGGUGGUCAUAAUGCAUGUAGUCUUCGCAAACUCUCCGACCCAUGUUUACCACACAGUAAGCAUUUUCAUAAAUAUUAUGGAAAUGCAGUUACACUAACAUAUUUACAGAACUAUUUAGAUGAAUAAAAUAUGCAAAUAUUGGAUAAGAAGUACUGCUGGCUGAGGGCUACAUAACCUAGCAUUCAACUUUGCUUGAUCUACCCGAGAAUUAAAAUCGCCCCCAGUGGCUACCGAAUGUGGUUAACCUUUUCUUGAACAACUUUUUUAUACCGCAUAUAAGCUUAAAAUACUAUUUGUCUUUAGAACUGUUGGCGUCAUGAAACGCGGAAAACCUGUUUUAAGGGGUUACAUAUGUUGAGUUCGGCCCAAAAACAUGAAUUUUAAUUCUUCUAUCUUAAAUUUUAGGUUCUUCUGAAUUUUUUAUAGAGAUCAGAGUAGUAGACGCAAAGUUAAAGCGUUUUUCAUCUUGCUCCCUUACGGAGGCGUGGUUUAUAUUUGCAACUUUGAACGCGAUUAUCUCGAAAUCAUUUUUGCCAAAAACGUCCUUGCGAUGACUACGAUUGCCGAAAAAGUUUUCAACCGAUUUAAAGACUUUUUUAAAAUUGUCCUUGAUUUAACUGCCGUGUCCUUAAACGAUUCCAUGCUUCCGUCAAAAUUUUUGUAUCAAUGUUAUAAUUUUUUUAAUAAUUUUUUCAAGUGAAAAUAGUGUUUUAGGAAAAUCGUCCCCGUUUCCAAAAAAAAAUGUCUCAAUUAAUCGUUCAACGACACCACAGGUACCUAUGCUAAUGAAUUUUGUUUAGUUUUAUGCUUUCAGUUUAGCUGUUGGACUGAAAUCGUAGUCACGACAAAAUUCUUUGAAAAAACGCGUUUUGCGGAAAUUGCUGUAAAACGAGGUUGUUUAGCAACAACAUGGACUUGAAGAGGUUAAAUAUUCCAUUAGAAUUUUGAGCAUGAUUCAAUUGAAAUCAUAGGCUACAUAACGUCAAAAUUUCAUCACAAUGUUGAAGGGGAUAAUGCAAGAAGAGCUAUAUUGUUUUAAAUUUCACUGAAACUCUGAACAGGAUAUUCAUCAGAAUUUUACACAGGAUUUCAUUGAAAAUAUGAACAUGAUUUUAUCGACUAACAGUUGCUUGAAUAAAUCAUAAUCUUCAGUAGAAUUCUAUCUUGAGAAGGAUUCUACCAGACUUCUGAGAAGCUUUUCUCUAGAAUCCUGCAUCAAAAUUCAGAGCAAGAAAACGUAGAAAUACGGAUAAGGAUUCGAUCGAAAUUAUGAGUUAGAUUCCAUUGGAAUCCGAUCAGAAUACUGAAAAGCAUCCAAACAGAAUCCUGAUAAGCAUGUCAUAAAUAUCCCAAGAGAGUGCCUGAAACCGGUCGAGCAAAGUCGGUUUACUGAUAUUUUAUGUGUCAUAAAUGCUUGCAAUAUCCAAUACAUGUAUUGCAAGAAAAAAGAGCUUUAAGUUUUGAAAAUGAUGCAUAUUUGGCAACACUGCCCUUUAAAACUAGUUUUUUUUCAACAAUUUCCAUCUCCAAGCAUCUCACCGAUUUAUUCUAGUGCAAACAGUGCCGAGAUAUAAACAGAAUAUAAACAGAAAAAAAAAACAAUUUUUUCAACAAUUUGGAGUGUUCACAUGGAUUGAGGGGUGGUUCAAUCGACACAAUUAUUUGGGAUAUUAUAUAUUGGUUCUAGAUUAAUUUUUUCAAAAUUAGUUCUAACUCGCGAAGGCCGAUUCAAGUUUCGUUUUUUUGUCAUUUUGCGCGGAAUAAUCCAUAUACAGCGAAGACCCGUUUUAUCAGCCCCUUUGUUUAUUUUUGACUGACAAAAUUAGGACAUAUUUUUUUCUCUCUUUUUUUAACCCAUUAUAAUCCGGGGGUUUCAAAAAGUGAGCCAAAUGCAGUGAUAUCUUCAAUUCCACCAAAAAUGUAUCAAAGAUUAUGGGAAAAAAUAAAAUCACCGCUUAAAAUGGUUUUGAGAAUGAAAAUAUCUCGUGCAAAAAAUUUCGUACGCUUAAAUAAAAACAACAAAUUUUAAGCUGUUUUACAUAGUUUUUCGGAUUUUCUGAUAGACAACACUUCUUUUACACCUUUAGGAACGUUAUGUCACAUAAUGGAAUUAUUAGCACGAAUUCCAACAAUAAAAUUCAAUUAAAUGUAUUGCUUACUUUUCAGCCGCCAUUUGCCCCAACUAUACACGGUUCAAAAAUAUAAACAAAAUUAUAAAAAAUGGCAGUUGUCUUGUUUCACAAUGAAAUAUGAGGUGCAAUGAUCCCAUUAGUGCAAUAAUAAAACAGUUAGAUGCCAAAAUUCUGCAGUAAAUACGCGUUAAACGAUGGUUAGUUAUGCGUAUGAAAUUUCAUACGCUAGGAUAUAAUGGGUUAAUAGACCGAAGUGGUCAAAAUAUUGUUAAUAGUCCCUAGACGUAGCCACAGAACCCUUUCUGAUUAUUUGGCAUAAAUUUCCAUUAGGGGGGUAUUACAUUGUAGAGUUUUAAAUAUUUUUUUUUCAUAUUUUGCACGUUUAGGGCAAGAAAAAUAUGCCCCAAAAAGGAUUUACACGAAUUUGACUUGGUUCGUCUGCUAGAGCUCAUCACACAUAUGUCAAUAUGAUGCUGACAAAAUCGGGUUAAAAAGCUGAUAAAAUCGGGGAUGACGAAAUCGAGUGAAAAAACUGAUAAAACCGGGGGUUGACAAAAUCGGGAGCUGAUAAAAUCUGGUCUUCACUGUAUUAACUUUUCUAAGUAAUACAUUGAACAAUUUUGAAUUGCUCGAAAAAUAAAAAAUAAUGAAUAAUGCAAUCUUCAGCUUUAAAUUAUUGUAGACACACAAAAGACCCGAUUUUAUCAUCCCCCGAUUUUUUUACCCCCAAUUUUGUCAGCUUUGACCCGAUUUUGUCAGCCUCAUAUUCAUAAAAAAAAAAGAAAUAAACAAAACACUUCCAAAAAAUUGAAAAUAAAUCCAUUUUUCCACAUCGGCGGACCCCUCUGUGCAUUGAAGGCGACAACCCUAAGCCAAAAAAGGCGCCGCACCUGCCAAAAAGCUGCCCGAAGAUCACUAUUACUAAUUAACGGAUUUUCCUCUCAUCGCCGAACACGUGCUUUUGGCUCCAAUAUAUAAGGUAAUGUCAGAGAUACAACCGGAGUGAAGUAGAAUACACUUUGGGCUGUUAAUACGAAUGCUGGAAGUUUUACUAAAUGUACUAAACUGAUUAAAGGUUUAAUUAAUUAAAGGUUUAAUUUGACCAGUAUUUCGGUAUUUCUAAUAAAAAACCGAAAUAACGGCACACGUAUAUCGAAUGUUCUGCUGUUGCCUUUAAGCGGAAUCCCAAUGCUUCGGCCAGGAAUGUGGCCAAAAGAUUAAACUCCAAGUCUUUCGUUCAGACAGCCAAGGACCGGGAAGGACUCCAUACGUACAAAGUGCAGAAGGCUCCAAAUCGUGACGAACGGCAAAAUGCGGUGGGAAAGUCACGGGCCUGGAAACUGUACACCCAGAUGCUGACGAAGCUUCAUUGGCUCAUCAUGGAUGAUUAGAUUUACGUCAAGUGGGACUUCCGGCAAAUUCCUACUUCGCCGCCCAGUACAAGUUUGAUGUGCCGGAGGAAGUAAGGAAGCAGAAACUGUCAGUUUGCCAAUAAAUACAGGAUUUGGUAUGUGACAAACGGAGUGCGUCGUUCGUGACUACCGGGACUGUAAACGGGGAGAUCUACUUUAAGGAGUGUCUACAGAAGGGUCUGCUUCCUCUGUUGAAGCAAUACGAAGGACCUACUACUGGCCGGAUCAAGCUUCGUGCCACUAUUCAAAUGUUGUCCUGGACUGGUACGAAGCCAACAGGGUCACUUUCGUACCCAAGAACAUGAACAUGAACCACCAUGUAGUCACCUUGUUCCGUAGCAAACAGACGAACGAGCUGUACCAAGUACACAAGCAUGCUGAAAUUGGAACACUCAUUGAAGACGGAAGCCUGCAUUGGGUGUCGAUUAAUUAUUGCUACUUUUGCAUGCUUAUAUCUAAGAACUUACCAGUCAUAAGAUUAAUUUUUCUGUUGGAUUUCUUGAUAUUUUUGCUACGACUUUUGAGCACUUCGCGUUUCAAAACAAUUGGCUUUCAGGCUAUCAACAACGCAAUAAUUUGAUUUAU